AUGAAAUUAAUUAAAGUUUUAAUCUUUUUAAUCUUCAAUUCAAUAUUUUGGAGUUUAAUUAAUUCUGUUAAAAAUCAAAAAGAAUUAAAUAGAGUUGGGGAAACAUCAAAGGAUUUAACUGAAAUAUUAAAUGAUGAGGGGGCUGGAUCGUCGUCGGUUAAUCCUCAAAUUCAAAAAUAUAAAGAAACGUUAAAUCCAAUGUCGAUUACAAAAGAGGAAGAAAAGUUGAAGAAAAAAGAAUAUUAUAAAAAUUAUUACCUGAAGAAUAAAGAGAAGAUAAAAGAGAAUAAGAAAAUGUUUGAUAAAAUAAACUACCUGAAAAAUAAAGAGAAAAUAAAAGAAAAUUAUCGAAAUUAUUACCAAAAAAAUAAAGAGAAGAUAAGAGAAAUUCGGAAUUCUGCAAAUUAUAAAGAAAAUAGGAAAAAAUCUGAUCGAAAAUACUACCAGAAGAAUAAAGAUAAAUUGCGUGAGUACAAACGGGAAUACCGACUAAAAAAGAAAAAUGAAAAAGAAAUUUUACAAAAUGAUUGUAGUUCAAAAUCAGGAAUAAUUCACUCUUUCUAG